GCAUUUGCAGAUGCAGCGUGGCAGAGCAGGCUGCGGACGCUCGCUGGGGUAUUUCGGCGCUCUGUUUGCUCAUCCUCGGUCUGUGAGGGUCAGCUAGUCGCUACAGCCCGCUUUCCGUUAGAUACCCCCCUUUUUGUCGUGGUGACUAUGGAGGCUGAGUGUGGGGGGGUGGUUUUGGUGGUGGGGAGUGGUGGUGGUCUACGGGCAAUUCCCAACUUUCUCCAGAUAUUUCUGUUGCUCGGGCUGCAAGGUAAUCCGACUGAGCUCAUUUUCUCUCUCCAGAAGACAGAAGAAGAAGCAGGAAAAAAAACCACUUGAUCACGUUUUCCAUAAGAUGCGCACGUUUGGCGCUCCUCAAUUAUCCCUCCCCGUGAAGAUAGGUGGCGUCUGCUUCAGGGUCUCUCCUCCGCAUUACACAGAAGAAAAAAGAAGAAAAAAAUGUCAUUAGAAGAGGCGUAACACGUCAGUCCCUUCCCAGGUUUGUUUCCUGGAGUGGCUGAAAGAGAUCAGUCCUAACCUGCCCAGCAGGAAUAACGGUCCUCCCUCCAUCUAAGGCUUAUCAUCGUCUCGCAAGGAUCCGCUUUUCUCCAACUUGCUCUUAAAAAACACCGCAAUCCAACAUAAACAACCAGAUACAUACGGAGCCGAUCCGAGCCGAGCCGAGCCGAGCCACGGAGCCGAGCCCAUGCGAGCCGCCUGCCAUCCGAUCCACGCUUAUCAAUGAAGCAGCAGAUCAUGGCGGAUGGCCCCAGGUGUAAGAGGCGAAAACAAGCCAACCCCAGAAGGAAAAACGCAGUGCUGAACUACGAGAAUGUGGUGGAGACGGGCUCGGAGACGGACGAGGACGACAGGCCGUUGGUCCCUGAGGAAGACAGCCUCCUCAAUGGAGACAGCAGCCCGGCGGGCCUAACCCACCCCGAGGCCUCGCCCCGUGCCGGCCACGCCCCUUCGCACAGGGACGACGAGGACGAAGACGCCAGGGACGGUGGGCCGGAGCUCCCCUGGCAUGACAGCGAUGUCCUGCAGGUCUCACUCGACGGUACCGAUGAUAUGAAGGAUGAUUACGGCCCCAUGGAGACUGAAGAGCCCGUACAGGAACUAGGAAAUGGUACAGUAAAGAGCGCCGACUGCCCUCCGGACUUUGACGACUUCUUUGUCAAGCGGAAGCUAGAGGACGGUGAGAGCCACGUGGUCAGCAUCGCCGAGUACCUGCAGCGGGGCGACACCGCCAUCAUUUACCCAGAAGCCCCGGAGGAACUGUCUCGCCUGGGCACGCCCGAGGCCAACGGGCUGGAGGAAAAUGACCUGCCACCUGGAACUCCAGAUGCUUUUGCCCAACUGUUGACGUGCCCCUACUGCGACCGCGGUUACAAGCGGCUGACGUCGCUGAAGGAGCACAUCAAGUACCGGCACGAGAAGAACGAGGAGAGCUUCUCCUGCCCCCUGUGUAGUUACACAUUUGCCUACCGCACCCAGCUGGAGCGGCACAUGGCCACGCACAAACCAGCCCGCGACCAGCACCAACUGCUGAAUCCGGGAGCUGGCAACCGCAAGUUCAAGUGCACAGAAUGCGGAAAGGCCUUCAAAUACAAACACCAUCUGAAGGAGCACCUGCGGAUCCACAGCGGCGAGAAGCCAUACGAAUGCUCCAACUGCAAGAAGCGCUUCUCCCAUUCCGGCUCCUACAGCUCCCAUAUCAGCAGCAAGAAGUGCAUCGGCCUCAUUGCUGUCAACGGGCGUGUGCGCGGCGGCGGCGCCAAGGCUGGCUCCUCGCCGACGUCGGCAUCCUCCUCGCCCACUAACUCGGCCAUCACACAGCUGAGGCACAAGCUGGAGAAUGGCAAGCCUCUUGGGCUUCCGGACCAGCCAGCCCACAUGAACAUAAAGAUGGAGCCACAGGACUUCAGUGACUAUAAACUCAUGAUGGCCUCUCAUGGGUUUGGAGGCCCCGGGCCCUUCAUAAAUGGAGGGAUUGGGGGAGGCAGUCCUCUAGGAGUUCAUGGCUCUGCUCAUAGCCCUUUGCAGAACCUGGGGAUCGGAAUGGACUCUCAGCUCCUUGGAUACCCAGGGCUGGGGAACAACAUGAGCGAGGUGCAUAAGGUUCUCCAGAUCGUGGACAAUACUGUGUGCCGACAGAAAAUGGACUGCAAGCCCGAGGAGCUCUCAAAGAUCAAGGCCUUCAUGAAAGAGCUCGGCUCUCAGAUGGAGGAGCAGAAGCAGGGCCUGACACCCCCUGGGGUUCCCCCAACCGGUCUUCCGGUCGUCAGCCACAAUGGUGCCACUAAGAGCAUCAUUGACUACACGUUGGAGAAGGUGAAUGAAGCCAAAGCUUGCCUGCAGAGCUUGACCACGGACUCAAAGAGACAAAUUAGCAAUAUCAAAAAGGAGAAAUCCAAUCACAUGUUAGAUUUAGGUACGGAGGACAAAACUCAUGAAAACAAUGUCCUCUUCACGCCAUUCUCCUGCCAGUACUGCAAAGAGACCUUCCCUGGGCCAAUUCCCUUGCACCAGCAUGAGCGAUAUCUGUGCAAGAUGAACGAGGAGAUCAAGGCAGUCCUCCAGCCAAACGAUAACCUGACUCCCAACAAGCCAGGCCCAUUUCCAGACAAACACACCCUACUGCUGUCCUCCAUGCUUUCUGAGAAAGGACUGACGAGCCACAUCAACCCCUACAAGGACCACAUGUCGGUGCUCAAGGCAUACUUUGCCAUGAAUAUGGAGCCCAACUCUGAGGAGCUGCUCAAGAUCUCCAUUGCAGUGGGCCUUCCUCAGGAAUUUGUGAAGGAAUGGUUCGAGCAGCGGAAGGUCUACCAAUAUGGGGACCCCAGGACCCCACCUCUGGAGCGGCACAACAGGGAGGUGGCGCUGGCUGCCACCAACCACACUCCCGCUAAAGACCCAAUGGUGGCCCGGUCCCCAGUGUCCCUGGUCAAGCCGGCUGACCGCAUCACAUCACCAGCAGUAGCCGAGCUCCACAACAACAUCAACAGCUGUGACACUCCCCUCAGGCUUUCAAAAACUGCCCAAUUUGCUGGUGGCAAGCCGACAGGCGAGAAAUUGGACCACUCGCGCAGCAACACUCCUUCGCCUUUGAACCUCUCUUCCACGUCAUCAAAAAACUCCCACAGCAGCUCGUACACUCCAAACAGCUUCACUUCGGAGGACCUUCAGGCUGAGCCAUUGGACCUGUCCCUGCCAAAACUCAUGAAGGAAACUAAACGUAUUGUGACUGUGAAAAACCAGCUGAAUCCCAACAGUGUCACCAUCGAGCACAACAACAAUGUGUCCUCCCCACGCAAGCACUUGGAGGAGCCUUUGAACUUGGCAUACUUAAAAAAAGAGUUUGCCAACUCCAACAACGGCCACCUUGACAAAAGCACUAACCCCAUUUUCAGUAUUAACCCCUUCAGUGCCAAGCCUCUGUACACAUCGAUUCCACCUCAGGGCGCCUUUCCUCCUGCCACUUUCAUGCCCCCAGUUCAGGCCAGCAUCCCAGGCCUGAGGCCAUACCCAGGGCUGGACCCCAUGAGCUUCCUGCCACACAUGACUUACACGUAUGCAACGGGAGCGCCUACUUUUGCCGAAAUGCAACAGAGGAGGAAAUACCAGCGCAAACAAGGUUUCCAAGGGGAGCUGCUUGACGGCACAGCAGAGUACAUGUCAGGCCUGGAUGACAUGACAGACUCUGACUCCUGUCUGUCCCGGAAGAAGAUUAAGAAGACAGAAAGUGGUAUGUACGCGUGUGACUUGUGCGACAAAACAUUCCAGAAGAGCAGUUCCCUCCUAAGACACAAAUAUGAGCACACAGGUAAACGGCCACACCAGUGCCAGAUCUGCAAGAAGGCCUUCAAGCACAAGCACCACCUGAUCGAGCACUCGCGGCUACACUCGGGCGAGAAGCCCUACCAGUGCGACAAGUGCGGCAAGCGCUUCUCGCACUCAGGCUCCUAUUCGCAGCACAUGAACCACCGUUACUCCUACUGCAAGCGGGAGGCCGAGGAGCGCGAGGCGGCUGAGAGGGAGGCGCGUGAGAAGGGCCACCUGGAGGCCACGGAGCUGCUCAUGAACCGUGUGUACCUGCGCGGAAUGACCCCCCAGGGCUACUCCGACACGGACGAGCGAGACGCUGCCACCAGGGAGCGGCAGAAGGAGGCAGACGGGCCGUACGCCAAGAUUGGUCGGCGGGACGAGGAGUUUGAGGAGGAGGAGGAGAGUGAGAACAAGAGCGUGGACACGGACAGGGACACAUUAAGGGACGAGGAGGAGAAUGGAGAGCACUCGAUGGAUGACAGCUCAGUGGACGGGAAAGCAGAGGCCAGAUCCGAUCACGAGGACGGCGUGUAACAAAACUACUGCAUUGAAAACUUCCCCCUAUACAUAUUAUUUUUUGCAUUUGUUUUCUUUUGUUUCCCCUGGUAGCCUUUGCUACCUGCUUUGUUUAACAACACGCUGCUGUGUUACCGUUCGACAUGCACGUGCCUGAGAGAGUCUGGGAACCUCAAGAUGGAAGGAUAUGAGGGUGGG